UUAUUAUACGUCAUCUAGCUCCGGCUAUUGGCUCAUCUCUGUUCGUCGUUUAGCAGAUGUCGAUAUCGGCGGACUUAGGGGAGUUAGCUGGAAGCCAGGUGCGCGGACAUGGAGUUUGGCAUGCUGAACUGCUUCCUGCUAUCAAUGAUGACCAUGGAGGUGUCAUUGUAGAAAUGAAGGAGCAUAUGGACUCUGACACCUUUGUUACUGUGCUUAGAGCUUCGAUAUUGCAGUGGAAGCAACAGGGUAAAAAGGGAGUCUGGAUUAAAUUACCUAUUGGACUUGUACAUCUAGUUGAAACUACCGUGACGGAGGGGUUUAUUUACCACCAUGCUGAGCCUAGUUACCUCAUGCUCGUUUCAUGGAUUACUAAGACGCCUAGCACUCUACCCGGAAAUGCAACACACCGAGUACGUGUCGGUGCAGUAAUCCUGAAUGAUAAAAGAGAGGUGCUCACAGUUCAGGAAAAGAGCGGUCGCUUUCGAGGAACUGGCAUAUGGAAAAUUCCUACCGGAGUUGUUGAUGAGGGCGAGGACAUCUUUUCGGCAGCUAUUAGAGAAGUAAAAGAAGAAACAGGAGUUGAUGCAGAAUUUGUGGAAGUGCUGGGGUUCAGUCAAUCACACAAGGCAUUCUUCGAGAAGUCGGAUCUAUUCUUCUUAUGCAUGCUACGUCCACUAUCCUUCGACAUUCAGAAACAAGAGCUGGAAAUCGAGGCAGCUCAGUGGAUGCCUUUUGCAGAAUAUGCAUCUCAACCUUUUGCCCAAAAGCAUGAGCUUUUCAAAUACAUUAACGAAUUAUGCUUAGCAAAGGUAGACAGAUACUAUGCCGGAUUUUCUCCGAGGCCUACGGUAUCGAUGUUCAGAGACCAACCAUCUUGCCUUUAUUUGAACAACGUGGAUCUAGACAAGUCAAGAAUUAAUACGGAACUUGUAUCUGCUUAUGCGCGGAAAAUGAAUGGGAAGACAAUCUGAGUAGGGCCAAUUUAGACAUAACUUUGCUACAAGUAAUAGCAUUGCGAGGAUUUUCCAAAAGAGUAUCAGCAAACACUUUACAUCCAUGCGAAGACAUAAUGCCAGUGAUAUUCAGCUCACUCGGCCCUGGAGUAGGAGCCUCAGCUACCGCAGAAGGCAAAGCCUUGCUGA